UGGGCUCAAGAACAGAACGCCUUAAUAGAUCUUGUUCUCAGGGUCAGCGAUAGCCUACCUUUUCACUGUGUUGCAAAAGAAGGACAGCCCUGUGUGAGUGGUGAAUGUUCAAUGCGUGGUGAUCCUCAACAACUAUGGCGUGCAGAGCCAGCUACAGCGUCAACAUUUCUGAGAUGGACUCUGACGAUGACAGUGACCUGGAAGAAGAGUGGCCAGGUGAGGGCUCUUUCAAGCUCUUGUCAGGAACAGAAACCUCUGCUCUGAGACCACCUGAGACCAUAGAGAUGGAUGCUUUUAUGGGAUGCAUGGACAGCGAGUCGACCAGCAGCAGUGAAACGACGGGUGUAUUUGACCGAGGGCCGGUCUGCUCUCUGCAGAGACACAACUGGUCUGCCAACACACUCAGAGUGCUCUCUGCAAUGCCCAGUCGCACCACCGGCCUACAAACAUCGGCAGGCAUUUCUGUGCAUGCCAGAAGCUCACCUCUGCCCCCGCUGCCUCAGACCUCAGACGGCCCCCGUGCUUCCAGAGCCCAGGCAGAAGAGGAAAUCAGUCCAGGAUUGGCUGGAAAUGAGGAUGAGCGCCUGGCUUCAAGACUCCGAGGCCUCUCGCCAAACGACGGCGUGCGCAAGCUGCGAUCUCUGCCGCUUAGCCUGGCAGAGAAGAAGAAAGUACGGCAACUUGCAUUCGGUGCUGGAGCUGACAGUUCAUUCACCAACAAAAAUGUUCCAUGCUACAGUGUACUGUGUAUGAACAUAUCGAGAACUUGGCGUCACUGCGCAUUUAGCUGCCUUUCUGUCCUGGGCUCCCUACAGCUGUGGCAUUCUCCUCUGAAGAGGCUGAGUGGACGUUAUGGAACCGGAGUGCUCUCCUAUUUCCUUUUUCUCAGGACCAUCCUGUUCUUUAACUUCCUCCUCUUCACCAUCACCGGCCUGUUCCUGAUCCUUCCCCAAGCUAUCCAUCCUCCUCCCAGCGUAUCUGACGCCGACAGUUUCACUGGCCUCGAGCUUCUCACUGGCAUGGGUUACCUCUCUCACAGCUUGAUGUUUUAUGGAUACUACACAGACACCACCAUUACAAGUCACCAAGCUGUCCAUGACAGUUCAAAUGUUGAUCAUAUGACAGAGAUGGCGCUGUACAGCAUAUCGACCGCUUAUUUCUACACAAUUGCUAUUGCUUUUUUCGUCAUUUGCAUCAUUCUGGUGUACAGCAUGUCAAAGUUCUUUGGGAAUAGUUUCCAUGUCCUCAAAUCCAACAGGAAUCUAUCUGAAAAGGUUUUCUGCAUAUGGGACUUUAAAGUCAGCAAGAAGUCAUCUGUCAGACUUCAGUCUGAGAAAAUCAGCACUCAGCUCAAAGAGCAGCUGUCUGAGAUGGUCAGCGGAGAAGACAGCAAGAGCUGCAAGCGGAGACUGAUCCGCCUCAUAGUCCACGUGUUUGCAUGGGCCACAUGUCUGGCAGGCAUAACCCUUGCGUCCACAGGAGUCUACCUCCUGUCAGAUAAAACCCUAAAGCCGGAUCCCCCAGACACUGAACUGCUGCUUUUGUCUGCAGUUGUAUCAGGGCUCAAUUUAUUACUCCCUGGCCUUUUCAACUUGUGCGAAUGGGUAGAGAACCAUGACUCCCCAAGUACACGUGUGUAUGUCUCCAUCUUCAGGAACCUUUUGUUGAAGCUCAGCAUUGUCGGAGUUUUGUGUUACCGCUGGCUCGGGAGAAUUGCAGCAACAGAAAGUCAACAUUUGCAGUGUUGGGAGAGUUUUGUGGGGCAAGAACUUUAUCGACUGCUCCUGAUGGACUUUAUCUUCACAGUACUUUACACAUUUUUGGGGGAAUUUUUAUGGAGGUUGCUGUCACAGAAAAUUCUGAAAAAGAAGAGGAAGCCAGUAUUUGAUAUUGCUCGUAAUGUGCUGGAACUCUUUUAUGGGCAAACUCUAACUUGGCUUGGUGUGCUGUUUGCUCCAAUGCUUCCUGGGGUCCAAAUCAUAAAACUGUUUGUGCUCUUUUAUAUGAAGAAGAGCAGUCUGGUGCGCAACUGUCAGGCAUCCAAAAAGCCCUGGAGAGCCACUCAAAUGUCAACGUUAUUCAUUACUCUUUUAUGGUUCCCUUCAUUUCUCGGUGCUGCCGUGUCUGUCCUAUACACAGUUUGGAUGAUUAAACCCUCAUCAUCAUGUGGGCCUUUCAGGAAUUUGACCAGAAUAUAUGAGUCGGGACGGAUAAAUGAAGAGCUGAGGAACUCGUACAAAAUUCUUGACUGGAUCAGUCGGGCCUACAGUUCUCUGAUAGAGAACCCCUUCUUAUUAUUUUUGGCCACUGGGGUGUUUCUAUUGGUGAUAUAUUUUCACACUCAAGUUGUUGAUGGCCAAGGAAAAAUCAUCAAUCGAUUGGAAAAGCAAAUUGAAAAUGAGGGUAAAGACAAAAUGUUCCUCAUCACCCAACUGCAGAACCUUCAUGAACAGAAUAGCCCCGUUACCCUGCAGAGAUAAGGAGGCAACGAUCCCGACUUCUACACAGUGAUGCUGUUUUUACUCAAUUCUUUAUCUCUCAAAAAGAAAACCUUUCAUGUGUAAAAAUGCUUUGAAGUAAAAAAAAAAAACUUUUG